ACGAGACGAUCUGAUUCGAUUUUCAAUGUGGAAAAGGGAACAAACACAGGCUUUCAUCGAAUUGGUUAGAAAAUGCACACGUCCACCAAGAAAUGCAAUAUUGUAGAGCAUGUAGCUAUUCUCUGUUCACAUGGUUUUGUCUUUCGCUAAAAUUAGUGUGGCGUUUUGAUCGGCGAUAGCAGCUUUUGUUUUGACUUGGGAUAUUCCCAUAACAUAUUUUUUACGUUUAAAUGUUGAACCCAUGAACUCUGUGACCCCAAGAAUAAUGGAAUAUUGAAGAUUGUAGUGGAGAAGUCUAGUCCUAAGAAAUUAAUCAAGACACUAGGUUAUCUUUUAUUAAAUUGAGCGCAGAAUAACAAUAACAAAUAUUGCAAAUAGUGUCAUAGACUGUUUUAGGAUAGAGUGUACAAAAAAAAGCCUACAGUUCGUGUCAUGUGUACAAUUCAUUUAUUGCGCACAGACAAUAGCUUACUCGCAUUUAUUUAUCCACACAUCAACACUGUAUGCCAACUGCAGAAAGAAAAUGUGCCUGAAAAAGUUUAAUAACAAAAUGUAUCUAAUUGUCAUCACCGAAAUCCACGUUAAAAUGCAGAAGUUCCUCUGUCUUGCUGCUGCUGCCAGGCUGUGGUCACUGCACUAUUGAGCACAGCAUCAUCGCGCGCUCAGACACACGCGGGCAUCCUACGAGCUGGAGUUCCGAGAGCACUCUGGCGGGUUCGUUUUGUGUCCUUAUGAUAUCUUAUCGUUGUCUUUUGUUUAGUUUUUACACGGAAAGAAAACCAUUCUGUGGUUGGUGGUUUCGGUUGCCUGCCGCAAAAUUGGAGUACUUUUGGGUUGGAAUGUUUUACGCAUGAAGUCAGCUGGAUGUGUUCCGAAUGUCGGACCUCAUGCCCCGAUGUUUUCAAUGGAUUUGAAUAGAUUGGAAUAAAAGCACGAAGUUUUUUUUCUAGACGUUCUAUCAAUUCCAUUGUAACAAGGCAUCGCACGGAUAGAUACGCAAUGAUCUUCGUCACUCUUUAUGUCGUUCUGCCUCUUUUAGAUGUUUUGUAUGCCCAGGAGAAUGCUCUUUCUGGUCCCAACCGCCUCGAUUGUGUCAAGGCGAGUGAGCAGUGUAUGAAGGAGCAAGGAUGCAGUACCAAGUAUCGGACAAUGAGACAGUGCGUUGCUGGAGGGAAGGAGAGAAACUUUAGCAUGGUGGCUGGACUGGAGGCGCAGGACGAAUGUCGGAGUGCCAUAGACGCAGUCAAGCAGAGCCCCCUGUACAACUGCAGGUGUAAAAGGGGCAUGAAGAAAGAGAAGAACUGCCUUCGCAUCUAUUGGGGAAUCUAUCAGACUUUGCAAGGGAACGAUUUCCUGGAGGACUCCCCUUACGAGACCAUGAAUAGCCGGCUGUCUGACAUGUUCCGACUGGCUCCCAUUAUUUCAGGCGAGCCCGCGGUGACGAGGGAAAACAACUGUCUGAACGCAGCCAAGGCCUGCAACCUGAACGACACCUGUAAGAAGUACCGUUCAGCCUACAUCAGCCCCUGCACCAGCCGUGUCUCCACUGCGGAGGUCUGCAACAAGCGCAAGUGCCACAAGGCCCUGCGGCAGUUCUUUGACAAGGUGCCACCCAAGCACAGCUACGGGAUGCUGUUCUGUUCCUGUCCAGCCGGCGAUCAGUCGGCCUGCUCCGAGCGCCGGCGCCAAACCAUUGUACCAGUCUGUUCCUAUGAGGACAAGGAAAAGCCCAACUGUCUCUCCUUGCAGGCCUCUUGCAAGACCAACUACAUCUGCAGGUCCCGUCUGGCUGAUUUCUUUGCCAACUGCCAGUCUGAGCCACGCUCUCUCUCUGGCUGUCUUAAGGAGAACUACGCUGACUGCCUGCUCUCCUACUCUGGCCUUAUCGGUACAGUGAUGACACCCAACUACCUGCGUUCUCCUAAGAUCAGUGUUGUUCCCUACUGUGACUGCAGCAGCAGUGGCAAUGGCAAGGAGGAGUGUGACAAAUUCACAGAGUUCUUCACAGACAACACCUGCCUCCGCAAAGCCAUCCACGCGUUUGGGAACGGGACAGACGUGGGAGUGUGGCAGCCCAUGCCUCCGGUGCAGACCACCACCUCCACCACCACUCCUUCCCAGAAGGCUAAGGACCGCUCCCCCAACUCACUGGAUGCUGCCACAAACACCAACCAUCUCAACACAGGAGAUGAGUCCCUCUACCACUUCUGUGGCAGCUUGCAGGCACAGAAACUGAAGUCUAACAUCUCAAUUGAUGGGGUGCUUUGUGUGGACCCACAGAUCGACGACCCCGGUAUAUCCAACUCCAUCUCCAGGAAUUCAGCCGGGCUGCCGUCAUCUCAGGCACACCUAUACUCACUGCUGCUCCUGCUGGCCGUGCUGCUACACUGCACCCUGGCAGCGCUCGACCCCGCAGCAGUCUUGUAGCCAUGCUGCAUUUCAAAAACAUGGACAGACUCAAUUUGUAUAAAGAAGAAAUUAUAUUCUCUGUUCCCAGUACACCUGUUGUAUUUUUCUUUCCCUUCUCUCUGAUUCCUUUUUUAAUUCUAGUUUGAAGAAGCAUUACGUUGAAGUGUGCUAAAGUGAUCUCAGUGUAACUCAGUUUUGCUCUGUUUUCUCUCGUUUUUGUUUAUGAAGGGAAAAGCUUCUAUGUCGGUCACUGGGCUAUCAUGAGAAUGCAUUGCUACAUUCAAAUACACAAUGGCUGGUGGCUUUUGGGCAGUUCCUGGUACGAGUCCGUCACAUGGGAUCUAUUGUAUUAAUAAUGGUAUUGUCAUUAAGCAGGCGCUUUUAUCCAAGUGAGUUUGUGUGUUGAGGCUGAGGCAAAAAUUCCCCAUCACUUUGAUCGCAAUGGUUUACAUGAGGUAGGCAGCUUUUUCAAUAUUUCUCUUCUGUGGUGUGCGUGUGUGUUUUGAUAUGGUGUCUGCCAUCCUUUCACAUUUGAGAAGAAAGAAUUUGAAGAUGUGGAUGGAGUUAUGUUGGCACAGAGCUCAGACAGUAUAGAUGGCUAGACCACAAAAUCUUGGCUUUAGAACCUGGCUAAAGAACCCCGUAUUCUGUUGGGUGCCACGUUUGUGUCACCAACUCAGCCUGCUGCAGCAAAACACACAUAUUAAAAGCUCACGUUGACAUUGUAGCUCAGGCUCAUACACGCAUGCAAAAAGCACACGCGCAAAGACCAGUACACACAUACAGUACACACUCACACCCACAUGUAAAGGCUCCCUAAAAUGUACAUGGAGCUAUUUGAGUGAAGGGUUGGGUGAUAUGGUGAUUGUACAUGGUGGAAUUGGACAUUGUUUUGGUCUUUCAAAGUAGUUUGACAUAUUUUCUCUAUACUGGAUGAAAGGGAGGAAUGGAUGUAGGGUUUCUGGUAGACACAUUCCUACCUGAAUGAGUAUGUGAGCGCUGGACUCUUGAAUGCUCUUGUAAGCAUCGUAAAGAGCUGUGGAGCUCUUGGCAACAGUCGUACAGAUGAUGACUUUAAGAAUUGUAUCAGCUCACGAGAGAUGAUGAUGAUGAUCAAAGCUUUGUUGUGUACACGUACUGUAAUUACACACAAUCAUUCAAUAGGCUAGCAUACAUCUGCUCAAUGUGUUGUCAUAUUGCCUUCCCAAUAAAACGAUCAAUCUUAUUGGAGCGAAGGCUUAUAAAUAACGAUUGGCAUCUGAGUCCAGCUGACGCAGAACAUGUAUGUAUAUUGUAGCAUUUUGUAUGUCUCCUGAGAAUCGCUGAGAAAGUAUCAAACUUGUAACAUAAUCAUAUUUAACUCUCAAAUGAAAUGUGCAAAUAAAAAGAUACAUUUGAAGUAAUAAUUUGCUCAUGUGGACCACCCAACACACAGUCACCUCACACUUACAUGUGGCAUGUGCAGCAAAUUACUUUAGCCUUCGGACAUUUUAAAGCAUUUAUGACAUGCUGCUUGGGUUCGUGUGGCUUUUCAAAACAUAAUAUAUAUUACAUGUUAUUUACUGGGCAUUAAAAUUAUAUAUGUAUGUACUUGAUUGAAACAGUAAUUGGACUAGAGAUGUCUGAUUGUAAUCUUCUAUUCAGGAGCACCGUGAGCAAUUUGAUCAGAUUCAGAUUCCCUAUAAAAUACAUCAAAUUAAACAAUAGCAUUUUUGUUUAACAGCAAGCAAUAUAUUUGCCACAAUACGUAUAAAGUAACUCAUGUAAAUGAAGAUAUCAAUGUGGCUCUCCUAUUGUUUUUCCUGAGCAAACAAAUAUUCAACCAAUUUUAUCAGAUUCAGAUUCCCUGAAAAAUACAUCAAAUUAAACAAUAGCAUUUUUGUUUUACAACAAGCUACGUACUUGCCCACAAACAUAUGAAGGAACUAAUGUAAAUGAAGAUAUCAAUGUAGCUCUCCUAUUGUAUUUCCUAAACAAACAAAUAUUCUACCACAGUUACAUUUAUGCUGUUGCCUAAAUAUAUUGUUUUUUGGUAAAUACCCUGUUAUUUUUCUGUCUUUUACUAUUUUGGCCUUAAUUUAUUAAACUGCUACAUCCUGCACAAGUAAGGAGCAUAUAGGACCGUACACAGAGGUUAAAGUUCAUAAUAUCGCAUGGUUGAUAGGAAAUGCAAUAAAGGAUAUAGACUAUCAUUUGAUCUAUGGGAUCCGAGGCAGCUGGGUGGUUUAACACAUUGGUAUCUGCAGUUAGAUUGCUGAUAUUUCACAGAGACAGAGGAUGAAUGUGUUGGAAUCUGUGGGGGAGGGAGGAUAACGAGCCCACUAAGUGGCAGGUGAAGACAUAAAAUACCCCAGGAGUAUUUGUAUUCAUCUGCAUCACAUUGGUUGUUUAACUAAAUGAAAACGAACUGCAAUGUUUAUACUGAUUGGAAACAAACAAUCCCUCAGCUAUCCACGUUACUUAUAGCCUUUGAAAAUGUACAAUCUAUUGUAUAAAAUGAUAAUUAAAAUGUUGACUCAUCCAA